AUGGUAAAUUUAAAUCCGUUUUUAGACAAAAACCAAGUUUUGAGAGUUGGAGGUCGAUUAAUCAAUGCAAAAAUUGGUUUUGAUAAAAAGCAUCCAAUAAUUAUAGCAAAAGGUCAUUUGGCGAAUUUGAUAAUAAAUGAAGCACACCGAGAAACAUUACAUGGUGGACAUCGAUUGAUGGAAAAUGUUAUAAAAAGAAGAUAUUGGAUAUUUGGACUUAAAAACUUGAUUAAGAAGUGUAUACGUGAAUGUGUAAGGUGCACCCGUUAUAAAGCAUUAAAGCAGAAGCAGCUUAUGGGUGAUUUACCAGAAUAUAGGGUCAAUGUGUCUGCUCCGUUCGCUUAUUGUGGAGUAGAUUACGCUGGACCAUUGCUAAUUAAAUGUUCUAAAGGGCGACGCCAAAAAACUUUUAAAGGGUACGUAGUGGUAUUUGUAUGUAUGGCAACUAAAGCUUUGCACUUAGAGUUGGUAAGUGACAUGACAUCAGAAUCAUUUCUGGCGGCGCUGAAGCGAUUGUUUGCACGCAGAGGCAAAUGUUAA